AGCCCGCGGGCGGCUUGGAACCCCGUCGGUAUCAUGGCCGCGGGAGCCGGGACAGCGGGCCCUGCUUCCGGCCCGGGCGUUGUGCGUGACCCGAUGGCGUCACAGCCAAGGAAACGGCCCAGCCGGGAGGGCGGGGAGGGCGCGCGGCGAUCGAGCACGAUGGCGGGAGGAGGCGGGAGCAGCGACAGCGGCGGGCGGGUGGCGGGCCGGCGGGCAUCGCGCAGCGGCGGGCGGGUUCGACGGGGGCGGCACGAGCCGGGGCUGGGAGGCGCGUCGGAGCGGGGCGCGGGGGAAGCGCAGCUGGAGGAGGCGGUCAACCGCUGGGUGCUCAAGUUCUACUUCCACGAGGCGCUGCGGGCCUUUCGGAGUAGCCGGUACGGGGACUUCAGGCAGAUCCGGGACAUCAUGCAGGCGUUGCUUGUCAGGCCUUUGGGGAAGGAGCAUACGGUGUCCCGGUUGCUGCGAGUUAUGCAGUGUCUGUCGCGCAUUGAAGAAGGGGAAAAUUUAGACUGCUCCUUUGAUAUGGAGGCUGAGCUCACACCCCUGGAAUCGGCUAUCAAUGUGCUGGAGAUGAUUAAAACAGAAUUCACACUGACAGAAGCAGUGGUGGAAUCCAGUAGGAAACUGGUCAAAAAGGCUGCUGUCAUUAUUUGUAUCAAAAACAAAGAAUUUGAAAAGGCUUCAAAAAUUUUGAAAAAAUACAUGUCCAAGGACCCUACAACUCAGAAGCUCAGAACUGAUCUCCUGAACAUUAUCCGAGAGAAGAACUUGGCCCACCCUGUUAUCCAGAACUUUUCCUAUGAGACCUUCCAGCAGAAGAUGUUGCGUUUCCUGGAGAGCCACCUGGAUGACACGGAGCCCUACCUCCUCACGAUGGCCAAGAAGGCUUUGAAAUCUGAGUCUGCUGCUUCAAGUGCAGGGAAGGAAGAAAAGCAGCCAGUCCUGGAGCCAGUGGAAAAGCCACUUAGAGAGCCUUCAAGACAGCCUCGGAACACUCCAACCACCAUUGGAAUCAGAACUCUGAAGGCAGCUUUCAAAGCUCUGUCCACUGCACAAGACUCAGAGGCGGCUUUUGCAAAACUGGACCAGAAAGAUCUGGUACUUCCUAAUCUAGCAUCCUCAUCAUCACCAACCCACAAAAACAAGAGACCCAGGAAAGAAGAACAUGAAAACUCAGCUCCUGCUGAGGGUGAGGGAGGCUCAGAACUGCAGCCCAAGAGCAGUCGGAUGACGAUAAGCAGAUUGGUUUUGGAGGAGGACAGCCAGGUUACUGAGCCCAGCCCAGGCCUCAACUCCUCCCCGGAGGCCAUGUCAGCAUCACCAUCCAAGUCCAGAGCUCUCAACCAACCCCUCACAGGGGAGAAGAACCCCAAAGUAUCCAAAGACAAGUGGAACGGCCCUAACGGGCUUGAAGAAAAAGAAAUUUGGGUGGAAGAGGACCAGCUGUUUGAAGUUCGGGCGCCAGAUGAAGACAAGUCAGCCACUUUAACAAGAAAGCAGAAGUGGACCAUAGAAGAAAGCGAGUGGGUGAAGGCCGGAGUGCAGAAGUAUGGGGAAGGAAACUGGGCUGCCAUCUCCAAGAGUUACCCCUUUAUGAACCGGACAGCCGUGAUGAUCAAAGACCGCUGGCGGACCAUGAAAAAGCUUGGCAUGAACUGAGAAGGCCUCUCGUUCCCCAGGUUCACAAGAACACGGUUCUGAGUCAUCGUCCUGGAUGCUCUCAUGAAAAAGCUUGGCAUGAACUGAGAAGGCCUCUCGUUCCCCAGGUUCACAAGAACACGGUUCUGAGUCAUCGUCCUGGAUGCUCUCAUGAAAAAGCUUGGCAUGAACUGAGAAGGCCUCCCGUUCCACAGGUUCAUAAGAACAUGAUGUCUCUUUCAGAAGCUGGACUGAGAUGAGAGUUGUGGGCAGCCUCUUUCUGUCCAGGGAGGUCCCAUGAACACUCCCAUCACUGUUGGAGAUCAUGGAGCUGAGAAGCAAAGCCAAGUCUACCCCAUGUCUGCAGCAGAGGCGACAGGCACACAGCUUGUACAGUGCAGAAUAUCAUUAGCAUUUGUCCCCCUUUAGUGGUUUGCUUCGAUUUGAAUACCCAGUAAUCCAUAGAACCUUCUCCUAAGAAAUGAUGGAAUCCAUUAGGAGUACUUAUGAUCCCAUGACCUGUUCAAACCAGCAGUGUGAGCAUUAUCUGGAAUGAACUUAAUCCUUGUUGAGUUUUGGCCUCCUGACUCAAGAACAAAGGAACUCUGUGUGUUGAGAGGUCAGUCCUCGUGGAACCUGAUUCCUUUGAAAACUGUUGAACCACUUGUAUCAUCAGCCCUGGACCUGACUGCCUCGGCAUCCCUGUUAACGUGUGCUGGGCUACAUGGCAGGUUUAUCCUCCACACUUCUCGUGGUUACAAGUGUGUGUUUUGGUAAAGUGGUGAUUGUAGAUAAGCUUAGCUCCCACCCCCACCCACCUCCUCCUCAGAGCCCUUCCUUAUGCUGAACUUUUAAAGCUUAAAAAUCAGUCCUGGUUGAAUCCAAUGCCUAACUCGCCCUCUGUGAAGUGGUUGCUCCACACUUCCCUGGUCGUGCUGUGGUCGUGUCUUGCACCGGAAUCCAACACCCUUCCCUUUUGUACAGUGUUGUGCUUGCUGUCUUUCAGACACCCUUAAAAACUGUCUUUUUAGCAAAACAAAAAACAAAAAAAUUCAGUAAAGUGUUUUCUGUAAUCUUUUUUUAACUAUGAGAAUGAAUUGUUCUACUGUAGCAUUCUUCAUUAAAGUCUUGCUUCUCAA